GCCUAAGGAUUCUUCUUCAUCUCACUAACCCAUUAAUCUUUCUUUAUUACUGUAAUUAACAAAGCCCUCUCUGAAUUCCCUCAUUUACUUUCCAGUAUUGUAAGUGAUUGUUUCAAAGUUUGAAUUGUUUUGUCGUCUUUCCCACACGACCCUCAUUUAUGGAAAUGGUUCUGAGAAUGGUCGAUGCAAAAGCAUUGGUUUUAGUGCAUCAGAGUUCGAAAUAAUGUUAUCUUUUUGUGGAUUUCCUCUUAAUCCUUUCAAAUUUUCUAUGGAUUGAGGUUGUGUAAAUGUGUAUCCGUAUUUAUUGCGUGAGUUGGUCCAAGGAGGAAGCGAGUUACAGAUAUGGUGAGUUUUCAAAGCGUGUAUGAUAUUAGGGAAAAUUUCUGUCCUCGCUAGUUUUUCCUGUUUGCGUUGCAGUACAAAUGCUUAAGAAAAUGCGUCAUAGAAAGUGAUGGCUUUUCCAUUGCAAAGGUUUUCUGCGAAGAUAAAGGGAAUUGGAGAGGCAAGUUCUUGAAGGUUGAAAGGCAAAGGCUAAGAGAGAGAGAGAGAGAGAGAGAAGAUGCCAGCGGUUUGGUUUGCCUUAAAGAGAUCACUACAGUGCAGAUCACAGCCAUCAGAUGUCUAUGAUCCAAGGGCUAAUGGGAAUCUUAGCAACAUAUUGACAAAGAAAACAGGCAGGUCUGGGUGUUCAAGGUCUAUUUCAAAUCUCAGAGAUGUCAUCCAUGGAAGCAAGAGGUAUGUGGAAAAACCACCAAGCUGUAGUCCAAGAUCCAUUGGGAGUAGCGAAUUUCUAAACCCAAUAACCCAUGAAGUAGUCUUCAGUGAUUCCACCUGUGAAAUUAAGAUAACUGGGGUUGGUGCUUUUCAAGAAAACAAUGGCACUGGAAUUGGUGGCGGUGGCAGUGGCAGUGGCAGUGGUGGUGGAAAUGGCUCAACCUUUCUGGGUUCCCUCAGGCCUGGUACCCCUGGCCCUGGAGGGCACCAUCUGGUGCCCCAGCACAACCCUAGGCUCUCCUCCACCCUUCCCAGAAACACACCUAAAAGUUUUUCUAGGAGGGAAGGCUCUGGAUUCAAUGGUAUUCCUCCAAACCCUAGGGUUUCUUUUGCAAAAGAUUCCCUUGGUUCUUCAACUUUGACUUGCCAUAAAUGUGGUGAACAAUUUGCGAAGUGGGAGGCUGUUGAAGCACACCAUCUCUCCAAACAUGCUGUCACUGAACUUACUGAAGGAGACUCAUCUAGGAAGAUUGUAGAGAUGAUCUGCCGGACUGGGUGGUUGAAGUCCGACGGCAAUUCUGGCCACAUUGAGAGAAUUUUGAAGGUCCAUAAUAUGCAAAAAACAAUUGCUCAAUUUGAAGAAUACAGAGAAACAGUGAAGAUCAAAGCUAGCAAACUGCAAAAGAAACAUCCCCGUUGCCUAGCCGAUGGGAACGAGCUCUUAAGGUUCCAUGGCACAACUGUUGAAUGUUCUCUUGGUGUAAAUGGCUCAUCUAGCCUUUGCACAUCGGAUAGAUGCAAUGUGUGUCAAAUUCUAAGACGUGGGUUUUCAGCAAAGAAGGAACUCAAAGGAGGUAUAGGCGUCUUCACUACCUCUACAAGUGGGAAAGCACUGGAAUCUAUCCAAGUAUUUGAUGACAAUUCAUCGGUAAGGAAGGCUCUAAUAGUAUGUAGAGUGAUCGCCGGUAGAGUCCACAGACCCUUGGAGAAUUUUCAAGAAAUUGCUGGUCAAUCAGGAUUCGACUCUGUCGCUGGAAACAUGGGUAUUUAUUCCAACAUUGAGGAACUCUUUUUGCUGAAUCCCAGGGCCCUCCUUCCUUGCUUUGUGGUAAUUUUCAAACCAUGAAACUGCAAAAAUCCAAGUGCUUAUUAUCAGUUGGAAGACAUGAUCAAGUAGCUAGUCAUUUUUCUUCUUCCAAAUUUCCACUAGAAUAGUUCCUGAAAAUUUCUGGUCUCUCUCCCCACUCUAACAAGAGGAUUUCCCUCUUCAUCACCCUUUCAUUUUGCUCGAGAAUUGUGCAGUAACCCAAAAAUUUUCUAGGGAAAGGUCAACUUCAAACUUAGCCAAUGAAUUAGGGAAGUGCCUAUUUGUGGAAGAUGAGUUAUGGGUGCUUGUGGGGAUAUUACCGUCGUGGAGUUGAAGACAAAAAAUGGAUUGGAUGGCCAUUUCCAUUGCUUAGCAGAAAGGAGCAUGUGGUCCUAGAUGUUGUUGGGUCAUUUCAUUUUCUUUGGGUACUUUAGGUAAACAACCAUUUGAAUCAAUGUGAGGAAGAUGGUGAUCUCUGUUCUUGCUGUGUGCAUAUAUCUAUAUAUAUUUGUCUUUUGCA